CUACGACUGUCCAAGAGCCCAAGACUCGGCAUGGAUACCGGUACUGCGUGGCAGCUCGAUAGCCCAUGCAUUGAUCGAUCUGGCUACUGGCUACUAGUAUUUUGAUGCAUCAAUCUGUCUUCUCAGCUGCCCACAAAAUUCUUCCACACCGAAGAAAACACACUUUCCCUGUCUUUUGCCAGCUUCCCCCCGUCCCAACAUCUCAGCCAUCUCAACAUGGGCCAAUGCCAAUCCAUGCAAGUUUCUCACCCCGUGGAGGAAGAGUGCCACCAUAAUGAUCACCGUGAAUGCGUGAAGAGCAGUAGUCUUGAUGGCAGCAAGCCCUGCAGGACAAAGUGCCCUAAUUCGUCUUCCCCUUCCUCGUCGGUGACUGCCAGCACUACUUGCACCGCGGCUCGGCUAUCGAAUGAUUGGGGAAUCCCUGAUUGUUCCGAGACAUCUCAUUCCACGCAAGUGAUGCCACUCAUGGCGAAGAAGAAGAGUACAAGAAUACAAGUCCAAGAGACCACAGAACCAUCCUCCGCUCCAGUUGCCCCCGUCACUGUCACUACUGAAAGCGCCAAAGUGAAUGUCAACCAGCAACUCUCAGACUCGGCACACCGAAGAUCGACUCUGGCAUACCAAUCAGCCCGACGACAAGAACUGGAACGAGAAGCAUCAUGUCGUCUCGCAGCCAACCAAAGCUGCUACUCCAGCAGUACAACUCCUUCUUCUUCUUUCGUAACCAAAAAGACCAACAGUCGACCAGCCCUUCGUAUGCCUCCUUCUUCCAACAAGACAACCGCCAACCGACGGCCCAUGCUCGCCCGGGCAGACUCCUGGUUUACGCUCUCCUACGCGAGUGACUCGGAUAUGGGGGUCCACGACCUGGAAGAUUACAGUUACGGUGUCAACAACGACGACACUGCAGUGGAGGAACCCUCCGACAUGCUCAGUUCUUGGAGUGCUAUGGAUGCCAACAAUCACAGUAGUGUUGACAAUCAGAGGAAUGGCAAUACUACCACGACUACCAAUAGCAUUCGACGACGCCAAGAAGCACUGGCGGCAUGAAAGAGUCACAGCUCUACAACAAUACCUGGCUCCCUUUUGGGGGGCUUUGCUUCCAAGAACAAGUCGCCUUGGUUUAUUCCGUUGCAGCGUGCGCUGCAAUCAUCCCGCAAGGCCAAAGGACGAAAAGCAAGCUGUCGGUUUCGAAAUAAAUCACUCGUAUCCAACCUGGAAAGAUCACCAUCCUCGAUCUUUCAACAUACUCUUACAACGCCUUGCUUCUGCUACUGCCUCCAAAACUCAAUUUUCCUACUCUCAAAUGAUGUUCUUCAUGCAGACCCGUAUCUCAAUUGCCCUUGUGAAAGCUACCCAUUUAUGUCUCCGUGGAUCCCGCAAAGCCAAACCCUUUGCCCCCCGUAAUGGUCCUCCAUUUCUUGCCCCUGAUCCCACAGAACCUAGUCCUGAAUUUCGACUGUUCUUUGCUUUUAAAAGCCUGGCCCCGGCUGGCUUCCGUAGAUAAUUUCCCUACUCUAAAACCCCCCUAUCAUACGGUAGCAGCUAACCG